AUCAACAGAACUUCUAAUAUUCUUGCUAAAGGAGAUGAAUAUCGCUGCCGCAGUUAUGUUCCUGGCCGUUAUGUGUGCCAACGUGCACGGAGGGUGCAGCGCAAGAAUUCUUGGUGUGUUCGACUUCAACAGCAAGAGUCACUUCCGCAUGUUCGAGGUGCUCUUGAAGGCCCUCGCCGCCAGAGGUCACGAGGUCGUGGUGCUGGGCCACUUCCCGCAGAAGAAGCCCGUGCCGAACUACACCGACAUCGACGUGUCCGAUUCCGUGCCGCAGAUAGUGGACAACUUUACAGUGAAGUACGUCCAAGAACUACGUUUCGUGAGCCUGAUGGAGUACCUUUGGGUGGAGACGCGCGAGAUAUGCCGAAAGUCCCUGAGCCACCCGAACGCCCGGGCGCUGCUGCGGUCCGACCAGAAGUUCGACCUCGUGAUCACGGAGGUGUUCGGCUCGGAGUGCGCCGCGGGCUUCGCGCACAGAUUCGACGCUCCGCUGGUGAGCAUCGUCUCGUGCGUCGCGUUCCCCUGGACCCACGGCCGGCUGGGCAACCCCGACCACCCGGCCUACAUCCCGAGCUACACCCUGCCCUACACGGACAGGAUGACCUUCUGGCAGAGGGUCGUCAACGCGCUGUACCACGUGUUCUUCGAGGUGGGGAACCACGUGUUCAACGACGCGCCCACGCACUCGCUGCUCAAGGAGCUGUUCGGCGCCGAUGUGCCGACGGUCGGGGAGAUACACAAGAGGACGAGCUUGGUCCUGGUCAACAGCCACUUCAGCGUGAACGGUCCCAGGCCGGCGGUCCCGGGGUUCGUGGAGGUCGCCGGGCUUCACAUUCAACCUCCGGGGGAGCUGCCCCAGGAUCUGCAGACGUUCCUGGACGAGUCCGAGCACGGGGUAGUGUACUUCAGCCUGGGUUCCUUAGUCCAGGUUCAGUCUUUCUCGCCAGAGAAACUUCAGGCACUCCUCGAUGCCUUCGCUGCCCUGCCGGAGCGGGUGUUGCUCAAGUACACCGGCAGCGAGUUGCCAGGCAAGCCAGACAACAUGAUGGUGGGGAAAUGGCUGCCGCAACUUGAGAUACUUAGUCAUCCCAAGGUCAAGGUGUUCAUCAGUCACGGAGGACUAAUGGGCACCCUGGAGUCGGUGUACGCGGGUGUUCCAAUGAUAGGCAUGCCGCUGUUCGCCGACCAGGACUUGAACAUCAUGAGGAUGAUGCACCUCGGCAUGGCCACCAUGCUCAAGUACAACGACCUCACCAAGGACACUCUUUUACAGAACAUAAGAACCGUCAUCGAUGACAAAAGGUACUCGGAGUCGGCGAGGCGCGUGUCCGCCUUGUUCCGCGACCGGCCGGCCACGGCGCUGCAGUCGGCCGUGUUCUGGACCGAGUACGUGCUGCGCCACGGCGGCGCGCCGCACCUCCGGACCGCGGCGGCCGACAUGCCCCUGCACCGCUACCUGCUGCUGGACCUGGCCGGCGCGCUCCUGCUGGCCGUCUGCGCCGCGCUCUGCGCCGCCCGCGCGCUGCUCCGAGCGCUGCUGGCCCCCCGCGCCAAGUCCAAGGCGGAGUGACGGCGUCCCAGCGGCUCCCAGCGGCUCCCAGUGGCUCCCAGUGGCUCUCAGCGGCUCCCGGCGGCUCCCAGC